AUGUUAUCAAGUAGAAGUUCAAGUUUGAAACUGGAAACACCUCCAUCGGAGGUUGAAGCAAAGCAGAGAAAGGCAGUUCCACCGACAUUGCCAAUGUCCCAAUUAGUACGGAGUGAGGUUGCUGCAGUAGCUGCAGGUUCUUCAAAAGCAGAAGCCAUGAAAGAAACCGAACAGUCGCAGCGAAAGGAAGAGUUGCCACUGAUAAAGAAAAUGCGAGCGGGCUACGAAUUUCAGAGUAGUCGCGGCCGACUUCAUUUCACUAAGGUGGAACCACAAACAAUGGGUGCAUUUGCUUUUCUUGCCGUCGACCGCAUCAUUGACGUCGAUUCCGAUCUCGUUCGUGUUUCUUUUUUGUUCCACUGUGAUCCCGAUUUAACCGCAACUGUGCUCCCAUUGCAGAUCCCCAAUCAAGUGAAUAUGGUGGCACUAAAGAAUCGUAUUCGUGCAGUACAAGAACGCGAUGGCUGCUGUACUUUUCUUGUGGAGCGACCGUCUUCGCUCCACCACAUCAGCAAUCCCAGCUGCGUUGCCAUGAAGGCGCCAGCAACGAGUAAUGACGUCGAGAUGGCUGAUGAUGCCAUCGAAAUCGGUGCUCGAGAAGCAUUCAAGCAUACUUUUGCCAAGGAUAAGCAUAAAAAUCCCAAGGAGAAAGCUAUACCGAGUGAUGUAAAGCAGGGAACUUAUUUGAGCAAGGUUGGUCUUGAGUCUGCCUUGCUCUUAACUCCUAUUUUAUUGAUAUGUUCAGGCAAGCGAAACGUCGCUGAGAAAACUGGUGACGAAAUUCAUCUCCAAAACAUUUACACGCUGAAGUGA